UGAUGAGUUCAUGGAAGCAGAAGGAGCCCACCGUCCCGAUGCCCAGGAUCCAGAGCCAGAACCUUGACAUGCAGUCUGCUCUGAAGAACCACCUACAGCUUCACUACAAUACCAUCGCUAACAGCGCCUCCAAGCCUGUGUUGCUGGCCAAUGCACCACCUAAAGACCCCCACACCCACCUAAAAGACCCACACUCCAUAACCCGCAGCCCCAAAGCUCACCACGUUGAGGAGAAUUUGAAAGACACCAGGGAUCUAACAGACAGUGAAGGGACCCCCGAGAAGCCCACUAGACCUCAGGCCUCCACAUCCUCCUCUGCUACUACAGAGACCAUUACUUCCACAUCCAGCCCGCCGGUCGCUGAAGGGUAUUGGCACCAGGGGACGUCUAUAUUCCAGGCUGUGCAGGAGGAUCCAUUACCCAGGAAGGCGGUGCUGACAGAGGCCACCCAGUUGGAGCCUGGCCAGGGCGUUACGGAGCCAGCAGAUGUCAGCAGCACAGACACACAGAGGCCCCGUCCUCAGAGACCCACUGAGACCAGCUCCACAAGCUUCAUCAACUCCAGCAACGCCACCAGCCACUGGGUCAAUGGAACAGACACGUAUGGUCAUCACAUCCAAGUGAAGGAGACUGCGUCAUUAUCUGAUGAUGAUGAUGAUGGUGGUGGUGAAACUCAUCGACGCAACGUGACCUCUCCGGAUCGGGCAUCAAACGGGUCCUCACAGGACAAUGAAACCGACACAAGUGACAGUCAUCGCAGUGAGGCGAACGAGACGUCAUCGUCGCCAUUGUCCGGCGAUGAUGGUGAAACGUCUCGACACGAUGGGACCUCAUCGUAUCUGUCUUUAAACAGCUCAGACCAGCAUCUUAUUAAGGGUGCUACAAACACAGAGGAGCUGCCCAGGCCUGUGCCCCGAAACAGGCGUCCGCUGUGCCCUUACCCUCCCCUGCCAGCUCAUGGCACCUUCUACUUCCGUACGGUAGACAACCCCGGUCCCCGGGACUACAAACACUACAUCCAGUACGCCUGCUAUGCAGGGUACACCCUGGCCAACGGGGAUGUCCACAGCUACUGUCUGCAGGCUGGAUGGUGGAGUGGUCUCACCCCGGUCUGCUUGGAGGUGACCCCCUGCGCCCUGAACAACGGAGGCUGUUCCCAGCUGUGUAGUGUGAACCAGGAACAAGCUCAGUGUCACUGCAGACCAGGCUUCAUCCUGUUAGAGGACCACCGUACCUGUAGAGAUGUGGAUGAGUGUGUGGAGGGCCAGCAGCAACAGCGCUGCCAGCAGACCUGCGUCAACACCUUGGGCUCGUUCCGCUGCUCUUGCCCCUACGGACACACCCUGGCCGGGGACGGAAGGGCCUGUGUGGCUGAGUGUCCAGCAGGCUACAGGAAACAACCCUUAACCCCGAUACCCGGAGGAAACCUGGCCAGAAGGGAGUGUGUAGACAUCAAUGAAUGUGAGGAGCCAGAGGUCAGUGUACCUGGACACCGGUGUCAGUGGAAGUGUGUGAACCUGCCUGGCUCCCACCGCUGUAUCUGUCCCAGAGGCUACAAACUGUCCUCAGACAGACACCACUGCAGAGAUAUCAACGAGUGCAGCCGUAAGAAUGGUGGCUGCUCUCACCUGUGCCUGAACCAUAAAGGAAGUUACCAGUGUUCCUGUCCUGCCUCUCACCGCCUCUCCCCCUACAGUAGGAAGAAGUGUCAGCCAAGGAAAGAACUGCAGAGUAAUGUGUAGCAGAGAUAGUGUGGAGAUCAUUUAAAUAGAAAUGCCAUUUAUUCCAUUGCUUCUACCAUCCCUCUGUUCGGCCCUUGAACAAUGACUUCUGCAAUUGAAUCUACAUUUUGUCAGGCCUGAGAUGUAUUUUUGUCAAAUCAUUACUGAGAACAGUAUAAAAACUAAUAUUAAUUGUCACAUCCAGAACAUAUCUGUAACAUUGAUAGAGGCUUGGACUGCAUAUUACAGACAUAUAGCUGAAGAGAAACCAGAAGAACACGUUAUUAGUUUAGGGAUUUAAUUGAUGGCAUUUAAAUAUAUUUCCCUCAAAUGAUUACAUGUUGUUUUACAAGGUAGUGUGAAUGAAUGAGUGAAAACAUAAUGAAAACAUGGUGGUAGACACUGUGAUAAUUGAUUAGUAGAAUUGAUCCCCUCGAUGUUCUCAACUGCAGACGUAUAACAUGGUCAUGUCCAUAGGAAUAUCAAAUGUCAUUUUUUGGAUUAAAAGUGACAGUAUUAAUUGUACUUUAGUCUGUUAUAUAAAACAGUCGUAGUACUUUGUUAAAAAUACAUUAUUUCUAUGUAUCCACUAUAUUUAUAGUCUCUUUUUAAAUAUAUAAAAUAAAGUUAGACACAAACUGUUUCAGCCUCAGGCGUCCUUAACUGCAGAACAGAUUCUCCCUUCCCUUAUGGUCUCAACUGGACGCCUGCUGGGAUGCUAAUGUCUAACACACAGUGUUGUACUGAAUGACUAUGGCGAAAAGGCUGAAAUAUGGCAUGAACCACUGCAGAACAGAUUCUCCCUUCCCUUAUGGUCUCAACUGGACGCCUGCUGGGAUGCUAAUGUCUAACACACAGUGUUGUACUGAAUGACUAUGGCGAAAAGGCUGAAAUAUGGCAUGAACCACUGUUGGACUGAUUCAACCAUGUUUUAUAUAUAUAAUCACAUUGCCAUUAUUUUACUUCACAGAUAAACAUUCACAUACACAUUAGCAGCUAUGAAGGCAUUGCUGACAUGCUCCGGGUACAUAUGGAUAAAUGCACAGUAUGUGUGACACAUACAGUGGUGAUGAUGAGCCACAACCUCAGAUGACAUGAGAGGUAAAUGUCGUUGUACAGUGGGAUGAAAGGUACAGUCAGCCACAGUUCUUCAACACGGGACAACAUAGUAACUUCUGGAUAGGUUUAUAACCCCACAACACAGGGUGAGACUGCUACAAUAGAGGAGGGCUAGGCAAAAUACAGUCAUAAUAUCAUAUUAGAUUGGAUAGGUUUAUAACCCCACAACACAGGGUGAGACUGAUACAAUAGAGGAGGGCUAGGCAAAAUACAGUCAUAUAUCAUAUUAGAUUAGAUAUGUUUA